UCAGAUUCUGACGAGACACACGCACAUGGAAACUUGGAGAGACGCAGGACAGGAUCCCGGCGGCAGAGGGACAGAGGGAAAGGGGACCCCGGGACGGCAAAGGCACAGAGCAGGCGCUGGCGGCGGCGGCGGGGCAGGUCGGCCGUCCCGGCAGAGGGCGCGCGGUCGCCCUGUCGCCCUCCGCUCCGCUGGGGUCACAGUGCCCCCUCCCCCGCGCCCUGGCCGCCCUGCCGGGCUAUUUUUACGCGCGGACACCGGACACCGAGCUGGGGCUGGGGCGGCGGCGGCGGCCGAGGCGGGGCCGCACCGGGGCCGGGCAUCGGGGCCACACGUCCGUUCGCGGGUCGCCGGGGCUGCGCGCGCCAUGGAGCCGCGGUGCCCGCCGCCGUGCGGCUGCUGCGAGCGGCUGGUGCUCAACGUGGCGGGGCUGCGCUUCGAGACGCGGGCGCGCACGCUGGGCCGCUUCCCGGACACUCUGCUAGGGGACCCCGCGCGCCGCGGCCGUUUCUACGACGACGCACGCCGCGAGUACUUCUUCGACCGGCACCGGCCCAGCUUCGACGCCGUGCUCUACUACUACCAGUCGGGCGGGCGGCUGCGGCGGCCGGCGCACGUGCCGCUCGACGUCUUCCUGGAGGAGGUGGCCUUCUACGGGCUGGGCGCGGCGGCCCUGGCGCGCCUGCGCGAGGACGAGGGCUGCCCGGUGCCGCCUGAGCGCCCCCUGCCCCGCCGCGCCUUCGCGCGCCAGCUGUGGCUGCUCUUCGAGUUUCCCGAGAGCUCGCAGGCCGCGCGCGUGCUCGCCGUAGUCUCGGUGCUGGUCAUCCUCGUCUCCAUCGUCGUCUUCUGCCUCGAGACGCUGCCUGACUUCCGCGACGACCGCGACGACCCGGGGCUUGCUGCUGUAGCCGCAGCUGGCCCGUUCCCCGCUCGGCUGAAUGGCUCCAGCCAAGUGCCUGGAAAUCCACCCCGCCUGCCCUUCAAUGACCCAUUCUUCGUAGUGGAGACGCUGUGUAUUUGUUGGUUCUCCUUUGAGCUGCUAGUACGCCUCCUGGCCUGUCCAAGCAAGGCGAUCUUCUUCAAGAACGUGAUGAACCUCAUCGAUUUUGUGGCUAUCCUGCCCUACUUUGUGGCACUAGGCACCGAGCUGGCCCGGCAGCGAGGGGUGGGCCAACAGGCCAUGUCACUGGCCAUCCUGAGAGUCAUCCGAUUGGUGCGUGUCUUCCGCAUCUUCAAGCUGUCCCGGCACUCAAAGGGCCUGCAAAUCUUGGGCCAGACGCUUCGGGCCUCCAUGCGUGAGCUGGGCCUCCUCAUCUUUUUCCUCUUCAUCGGUGUGGUCCUCUUUUCCAGCGCGGUCUACUUUGCCGAAGUCGACCGGGUGGACUCCCAUUUCACUAGCAUCCCUGAGUCCUUCUGGUGGGCGGUGGUCACCAUGACUACAGUUGGCUAUGGAGACAUGGCACCUGUCACUGUAGGUGGCAAGAUAGUGGGCUCUCUGUGUGCCAUUGCCGGCGUGCUGACCAUUUCCCUGCCUGUGCCCGUCAUUGUCUCCAAUUUCAGCUACUUUUAUCACCGGGAGACAGAGGGCGAAGAGGCUGGGAUGUUCAGCCAUGUGGACACGCAGCCUUGUGGCCCACUGGAGGGCAAGGCCAAUGGGGGGCUGGUGGAUGGGGAGGUACCUGAGCUACCACCUCCACUCUGGGCACCCCCAGGGAAACAUCUGGUCACCGAAGUGUGAGGGACAGUUGAGGUCUGCAGGACCUCACACCUCCCUAGAGGGAGGGAGGGAGGGCAGGGUGGAGGGCAAGGCUGGGGGGAGGGGAUUGGGUUUAGGAAGAGCUAGGUUAAGUGGUAACGAGUGGGGAAACACUGAGUCUUGUUGGGUCUUGGGUUGUGUGGUUUGGUAGCUCCUGUGGGUAUCUCCUGAAGCAGCAGCGAAUGGCAAUGAGUUGUGUUGUGUUAAUGAAGACUCAAUUGGUUCAUAUUACACUGAGUUGUGCAAAGCUCAUGGAGCCUUUUGGGGUAGUGUUGAGAUAGGUUUGGUCAUAUCAUUUUGUGAGUUUCCUAGUCAGUGUUGGGUUUCGUUGGGUUGUGAGUCUGGGUGAGUGUUGUCUAGCUGCAUUAUGUAGGAUUCUGUGGUUUGGUGGGUCCCCUAGGGCCAUGUUGGGUCAAGUUAGAUGGUCCCCCAUGGCAUGGUUGAGAUUGAUUGUGUGUGGUGUUCAGUUUCAUUGAGACAUGGUGGAAAUUGUGUAGCUUUGUGAUUCUUCCAGGGCCAUGUUAUUUUAAGUUCUGUGAACUUGUGAGUCAUGUAGAAAUGUAAAGAGUCAAGUGGUAGAAUUUGAGCUUUCUAGGUAACAUUGGGUUAAGUAUGUAUGACCAAAUUAAUCUUGUAGAAUUCUGCUGGGCUGAAUUGUGUAGAGGUGUGUGGCUAGACAUUUUUCACGGCCACAGCGAGUUGAGUUGUGUUGAGUUAUACAACCAUAUGGGCCUUGUAAGGCCAGUUCAGUUGGGUCAUGCCACUGUUUGAAUCUCAUAGGGCCAUGUUGAGUUGAGUUCCAUUGAGUUGUGUCACUAUGUGAGUCCUACAGGAAGUUGGGUUGAGUUGGACUGUGUGAGUGAGUUCCAUAGGGCCACAUCGGGCUGUUUUGCGUUUAGUGGUAGCACCAGGACCCAAAGGUAAUAGCAAUGAGGAAGUAUCGUGUAUCAGGGAGCAAAUGCGGUGGCGAGGGCUCUGGGAGAUGUGCUGAGCUGGCUCCCCAGCUCACUGUAGGGGGUGGGACUGGAUUCUCUAUCCAUGGGAUUGGGUGUUCAUCCAGAGGUGACUGGGGUGAACUAGGAAAAGGUGGAUGCUCCUCCUCUUUACCCCACAUCCACUUUAUUGUGCUGUUCACCCCCAAUCUCCCCUACAGUUCUAUGCUCAGACAUGGAGGUCAGAGCCACAAGGGAAGGGGGAGAGGGGGAGAAAACUGUACUCUGUCCAGACAUGAUAGAGGGACAGAGCCAAAAGGAUGGGGAAAGAGACCCAGAAAAAGGAAGAGAUGGAAACCCAGAGAGACAGAGACCCAAAGGGAGCAACAUAGAGACUCAGGGAGAGGAAGACAAAGACCUGGAGGGUGGGGUAUGGCAGAGAUGCAGAAAAGGGGAACAGAAAUCCAGAGUGAGAAGGUGACAGAGACCAAGAGCAGGGGAUAGAAGCCGGGCGAAGUGGCCCACACCUGUAAUCUCAGCACUCUGAGAGGCCAAGGAAGGGGGAUUGAUUGAGGCCAGAAGUUCAAGACCAGCCUGGGCAACAUGGUGAGACCCCAUCUCUACAAAAAAUAUAAAAAUUAGCUGUGGUGGCACAUGCCUGUGAUCCCAGCUACUCAGGAAGCUGAGGCAGAAGGAUCCCUUGACCCUGAGAAAUAGAGGCUGCAUUGAGCCAUGAUUGCAUCACUGCACUCCAGCCUGGGUAACAGAGGGAGCCCCCGUCUCAACAAACAAACAAAAAGAGUGGGGGGACAGAGACCCAGGGGGCAGUGUCAGGCACCCAGAGUUAGAGACAGAACAACAGAGUCUCAGGGAAAGAGAACCACAAUAGAAAAAGGCAGAAAAGGCCAGGCGCGUGGCUCACGCCUGUAAUCCCAGCACUUUGGGAGCCCGAGGUGGGCAGAUCACGAGGUCAGGAGAUGGAGACCAUCCUGGCUAACAUGGUGAAACCCCGUCUCUACUCAAAAUACAAAAAAAUUAGCCGGGUGCGGUGGCGGACGCCUUUAGUCCCAGCUACUCCGGAGGCUGAGGCAGGAGAGUGGCGUGAACCCGGGAGGCGGAGCUUGCAGUGAGCCGAGAUCGCGCCACUGCACUCCAGCCUGGGCGACAGAGCGAGACUCCGUCUCAAAAAAAAAAAAAGAAAAAAGAAGAAGAAAAAGGUAGAAAAAGUUGGUGCCCCCGAACCCAAGAGUGACGUACAGUCUAUUCCAUAGAAUCACAGAACGAUCCUGAACCAGGCCUGUCACCUACCCUCCCCGAAGCUCAGGAAGGCUGUCAGACAGGCUGGGGGCCUCACUCUGUUUUCCAGGGGAGAAACCUGAGUCUCAGAGCAGGGGAGUGGCUUCCCAAGGUCUCGCAGCUUGUCCCCAGGGGCCAGGCAGGCUGUCUGUCUGCUUCACAUGGUCCCGUCAGCCUGCUGGGACACACAGGUCCUCCUGAGUUCCAUAGCCUCAUUUCUUACAGACAGGGAAACUGAGGCUCAGAGCGGCGGAGGUUACCCAAGGUCACAAGGCCGAACAUUUUCAGAAUUCUUUCAGAACUCAAAGGGCAUUUAGAGGAGAAGGAAGGCUGAAAUCACUAACACAUAUAGGGCUUCCUUUGGUAUCAAAGUACUUUACUUGGAUUAAUUUAUUAAAACCUAUCCAGUGGUUUACA